AUGGCUCCUACUUCGAAGAUUCUCCUCAAAAAUGGUCAGCUUCUUAUGCAUGCAGAUGAUGGCAAGGUCACCCCUCAGCGGGCCGACCUACUGGUCGAAGGAGACAAGAUCGCCAAGAUUGAAGAGAAUAUUCAAGCAGGCGGCGAUGUCAAGGUCGUCGACUGCGAGGGGAAAGUUGUUUCCCCAGGCUUCAUCAGCACUCACCACCACGUCUGGCAGACUCAGCUGAAGGGACGCCAUGUGAACCAAACACUGAUCGAGUAUCUUCCUCCUGGUAAUUAUGCAGGCGCUUUUUAUGAGCCUGAGGACGCCUUCUGGGGUGAACUUGCCGGUGCUCUCGAGGCCAUUGACGGUGGCACCACCACGGUAGUGGACCACUCAAGUCUGAACAUGGGUCCCGAAUUCCCUCCCACGAUGAUUCAAGCCCUGAUUGCUUCUGGCCUUCGAACGGUCUACUGCUAUUCCGUUCCUCGCACCGUCUCCAGUUGGAGCCCGUUUACAGUACAGGAUGAUUACAGCUCGCCGAGCGUGCUUCAAGAUUGGAAAGCCUUGGCAUCACAGGGUCCAUACGGCGACGAAAGAGUCCAGAUUGGUUUUGUUGUCGACAAUGUCUACCAAUCAGGAGACGCCAUGAAGAAGCUUUACUCGGAACUCAGAGCCGCAAAGGCUAAAGUCAUCACCUCUCACGCAGCCGCCGGUCUCGCCUUCGGUAAUGGUCCAUCCGUGGCACAGCUCCUCAACAACCACGGCCUCCUCGGCCCCGAUAUUCUGCUUUCGCACGCCAACUUCCCCAAGGAUGGCGAUGCGGAACUGAUCACUAAGAACGAUGUCUGGAUCUCAGCAACACCCAACACAGAGCUCCAGAUGGGAUGGCCGCCGCUCGCUCUUCAUCCUGAAUUCGAAGUAAAUUCCAGCUUGGGAGUUGACUGCCACACUUGGGGAAGCAGCUACAUGCCCAGUCAGAUGCGUUUGGGGCUGCAAUAUGCGCGCACCGAGCGCCAAGAAGAACUUCGAAAGCAGGGAAAAUGGAGUCGCCACGUCGGCCCUACUGCUGAGCAGAUAUUCAACGUGGGCACAGUCGGAGGCGCUCGUGCCAUUGGCAUGGCUGGCGAGGUUGGACAGAUCAAGGUCGGUGCCAAGGCAGACCUCGUGGUCUUCGACACCUCCAGCACAUCCAUGUUUCCAGCCGCGGAAGUCGACCCCGUUGCUGCGAUCGUCUUGCACUCGAGCGAGAGAGAUGUCGAGACUGUGAUUGUGGGCGGAGUGGUGAGGAAGGAAGCCGGCAAAUUGUUGCCUAUUUCGGUCGUGAAAGGGAUCGAUGGCGCGAAGGAGAUGGGACUUGGGGGCAAGCAACUCACGUGGAAGGACAUUGCACUGCAACUGUCGGAGAGCCGGAAGAGACUGGACAAGAAAGCUCAAGGCGUUGAUAUGAAGGCCGCUGAGGAGACUAUUAUGAACAAAUAUUUCAUGAAUCGGAAGGAUAUGGUUGAGCAGGAUUAA